AAAAUAAAACGUCAAAAUAUUUUUUUUUCGACUUGGUGUUUGUGAUUUUGCUUGAAUUUUUGGCGAUAUUUUAACAAAUAAAACCUAAGAAUGGUGUUUAAAUGCCAGGAAAAUAGUUUUCUAAAAGAAUUCACAUCAAAAGUCGUGAAAUGUGAAGAGACGAAAGAACCAAUAACCGAAUAUGGCAAGGUGUCCAAUUUUGAAGGUUAUCAGAUUACUUUGGAGAAUACCAUAUUAUUCCCAGCAGGUGGAGGACAGCCUCAUGAUAUUGGCUGGCUGAAUGAGAUAGAGGUCCUUCAAGUCCUUCGUAAGGGAGAUGAGGCACUGCACUUCACCAAAGUGCCUUUAGAAGUGGGCUCUGAAGUCUCCCAAAAGAUCAACUGGGAUAGAAGAUUUGACCAUAUGCAACAACAUUCAGGUCAGCAUCUUCUAUCAGCAAUAUUAGAAAAAGAACACAACCUUCCUACAACCAGUUGGUGGCUCGGUGCUGAGGAGUCUUACGUGGAAUUAGACUCCACCAAAGUGAGCGAAGAGACCAUCAGAGCAGCUGAGGACAGAUGCAAUGCCCUUAUAAGAGAAGCCAUUCCGGUCAACGUCAAGUUCUGUAAAGCUAAUGACCCAGCAUUAGAUGAGGCACAUACCAGGGGCUUGCCAAAGGAUUGUAUGGACACAAUUAGAAUCAUCAGAAUCGGAGAUGUUGAUGAGAAUAUGUGCUGUGGAACCCAUGUUUCAAACCUGAGCCAACUACAAGUAAUAAAAUUGCUUGGAGCAGAGCCUGGGAAAAAGGGAAAAACAAAUCUAAAGUUUCUGGUGGGCAACAGAGUUAACAAAACAUUUCAAACCAUGUUAGACAGAGAAAGAGCUUUGACUGGGCUACUAAAAAAUGAAGCAAGUAAACAUGAAGAACUAGUCAGUAAACUGCAAAAGAACUUGAAGGUUUCAAACAAAAACCUGCAAAACGUUUUACUAGAAUUAGCUCAGUUUGAAAUAGACAAAGUGAAAAAUUCCAAUCCAAAACCGAAAUAUGUGUUCAUGUUUAAAAAGGAGGCCACUCCAGACUUCAAUAGAGCUAUAUGCAAAGGAUUAGAUGGGGAAGGAAUGUUCUUAUUCCUGGUUUCCGAAGAGCCAGAUAAGCCUAAGGAAGGCCAGAUCAUAAUUCAAGGACCUGAGGAACACUGCAAUGCUUUAGGGAAAACAAUCACUGAGUUGUUAAAAGGCAAAGGUGCAUUUAAAAAUGGAAAAUUCCAAGGAAAAGCUGGCGAUUUGGGAGGCAUUAACAAAUGCAAGAAGUUGAUUGAGGAAUACUUUAAUAAGAUAGAAUAA